CUUGCCCUUUGUCAACUCUUGCAUUUAUUAGCAGCACCGUCACCACUAGCAUCUCACCGCUGCCGCCGUUCACAUGGAACCUCCACCUUCUUCUACAACUAAGCUCCGGUUAAUGUGCAGCUAUGGAGGGCACAUCAUUACCCGACCCAAUACCAAAUCUAUCUACUAUGCUGGCGGCGACACCCGCAUCAUCACCAUCCCCACCACCUCUGCCAAUAAUCUAACUCUUUCUUUUCUCACCUCCCACUUAGCCACUGUCCUUCACAUUAGCUAUCCCUUUACUCUCAAGUACCAGCUUCCCGAUCACGAUCUUGACUCGCUUAUCUCCCUUUCUACAGACGAGGACCUACUUAUUAUGCUCGAUGAGCACCAGCGCCUCUCCCCUACUCCUUCUCGCAUCAGAGUUUUUCUCUUCCCUGUGAAACCCAUUUUCACUCAGCCUGAAUUAACUCAGUUGAAUACCGGUUCUAAUAUGGGUGAAUUGUCUGGGAACGAGCUAAGGCAUCCCAAGACGGAGAGUUGGUUUGCAGAUGUGUUGAAGAGCGCCAAGAUUAUGCAGAAGGGAGGGGUAGGGUUUGGAGGGGAGGGGCAGUGUGAUGGUAACAAUGUUGCUUGUAGUGGGGCAGAGGUGAGUGGUGGUCUUUGUGGGGCGGAGUCGAUGGUUUUGGAGACGAAUUCAUCAUUCGGUUCGACUUCUUCUUCUGUUUCUUCGUCGAAUUUGCCCGCUAAGGUUCAGGUUGAGGAUAAUUUAGCUGGGUCUUUGGAUAACAAGGUCAAGUUGUCCACUUCAGAAUUAUUUGCAAGUGGCAAUAGUGUAGCUACUGCUGUUUCUCAUCCACAGACUGGGACUUAUCAAGACUCAGUUGCCUCUGUUCCUGCUAUGGAGAAUACAAAUUCUUCCCCCCCAUUAGAAUCAGAGGGUAAAAUCCUUGAUCCUCGAACUGGGGUCGAGACGCAAAACAUGGUUCACGUUUCUGGAUUUCCAUUGUCUCUCCAAUUUGAUAAACCACAAGUGCAGUUUGUCCAUGCAGCUGCACCACAUCACUUACCGCAGAACCAAUCUGGAAUGGUGCCAGUAACUCCAUAUUGUCUGAUGAAUUCUCCAGUCCCUCAGCAGCAGAUGUAUUACCAGACCAAUCAACCACACCCGAUAUAUGUUGUACCUGUUGGGUAUCCUUACAGAUUUCCUAUGCAAAGCAGUUUGGUUAAUCCUGCAAAUGUUUGUUCUACUCAUCCUCCGCCACAUCCUAAUCCUUCUCUAAACCCUGCUCAAAUGGCUUACAAGGUUGCCGCUGCUUCACCUGCGCCCGAGUUGGGCUCACAAGUUUACAGAAUGAUACCAACAGCAAGUCCACUUGUUAAUGCACCACACAAUGAAAAUCAUCAACAAGCUGAGGGUCUUCCUCAAAUGAAUCUCCAAGCUCAGUCCAUGGGAACUGCUAAUUAUACUAACGAACUUGAUGAUGACCCUGCCCGCUCACAGAUAUAUAAAUCUCAGCCUCCACCUCCUACGUUGCCUUCGCGCUACCGAACAAUGACCAAAGCCACACCAAUCUUGUUAUCAGAGGCUUUGGCACAGUUGCAUACAGAAAACAUAAAACAACAACCGUAAGCCUCACAGUCACCAUCUGUGGACUGAACAAUUUUGGAUCUGAGUGCUUUUGGUAAUUUUGAACUUCCCUUGGAUUUUCAGUUUUGUUGAUAUUAUGUGUGUUCAAUUUGUAACAGAAGUAACAAUAUGGUUUUCUUACCCUUAUGUUUCAUCUAUCUUUGCCUUGGUUACUUGAUACGGAUGUUUCAGAUAAUACAAAAAGCGUGUAAAAGGUUUGGUGCUUGUUAAAGAGAUUGUGCAACUUUAAAUUAAUCUAAGCGAAGUUCUUCAA